AUGAACUCAGAAGCUAAGCUGUCUGAUUUGUGUAGCAGUGGGACCUUGGAUGGAGAAGGAGCCUCCAACUCAGAUGGCAAUGAUUUCUCCAAACAGAUCCUCAAGUACAUACGCAGCAUGCUUAUGGAGGAAAACAGGGAGGACAAACCUUGCUUUCUCUAUGAUCCAUCGGUUCUAUGGGCAACUGAGAAAUCAUUGCAUGAGGUUAUUGUUCUCGGUGAGAAACAUCCUGCUUUACCUAAUCAUACCUCAGAGUUUGUUUGCCAAAAUGCUCCGAGCACAGAUGUUCUUUUUCCGAGAACAAGCCAUGAUUGCAGCAAUAGCAAUGGAACCAGCAACAUUGGUUGCACAGACAACUUUGGGGAAAAACAGACACUUGCGGACAGCACAGAGAACAGAGGCUCUACAUUUCUAGCUUCUCCUUCUACCGACUGUUUCUAUCAGUCUACUGACUUGUACGCUUCACGACCAUCCUCAAACCAUCCAAAAGGCCUUGCCAACUAUGUAAACUUGAUUUUGGCCACUCCUACAAGUGAGUUUCCUCUUCAGUAUGAUUCCCUUGGAGCCUCGCAGCGCAAAGGAGGGCUUGAGGAAGCUUGUAAGUUUCUCUCCUGGGACACAGCGGGUGUUGAUGCUACAAACAAUGGCAAUAUGUCUGUAGCCAUAAAGAAACGUGGGCUAAAAGUGGGAAUGGAUGAGGAGGCGCAGCAGCAAGGCCCUUUUAAUGGUAUGAGGGGAAGGAAGAAUGAUGGAAGGGAAGGGAAUUUCAACAAACAAUCAGCAGCUUCGACGGAAGAGAUUGAAGUCUCAGAGAUGUUUGACAGGAUUUUGCUCUGUGACGAGGAGCCAGAGCCCUUCGCAAGUACUGAUGGUAAAACGUCAAAUGCAGCUGUCAGAAACUUGUCUCUGGUUGCACAUACGCAGGGUUCUAGUGGUCGCAAGAAUCGCGCUAAAAAGGCUAAGAACAGUGAGGACAUGGUGGAUUUGAGGAAUCUCCUCAUUCUUUGUGCUGAAGCCAUCUCUGCUGGCGACAGCAGGAAUGCUAGCGACCUACUACAGCAGAUCAGGCUUCACUCCUCUCCCAUUGGGGAUGCGUCUCAAAGAGUGGCCCACGCCUUUGCAGAUGCUCUUGAUGCACGCUUGGCCGGAACCCCAGUUCAAAGCAUGUCCAAAUAUUUGUGUCAAAAGAGGACGCCAAUUGGUGAGAUCCUAAAAAUAUACCACACUCAUUAUAAGGCCUGCCCUUUCAACAGGAUUGUGAUUUCGUUUGCAAAUAACAUGAUUUUAAAAGUAGCUGAGACAGCAGAGACACUGCAUAUCAUAGACUUUGGCAUCAAGUUAGGUUUCCAGUGGCCACUCCUUAUUCAGCUACUAUCGAGGAGGCCUGGCGGUCCCCCGAAGCUUCGCCUCACAGGUAUAGAGCUUCCUGAACAGGGUUUCAAACCUGAACAAAGAAUAGUGGAAGUGGGUUGUCAUUUGGCCAAGUACUGCGAGCAGUUUGGUGUUCCAUUCGAGUAUAAUCCCAUAGUUUCACAGCAUUGGGAAACUAUCAACGUUGAGGAACUGAAAAUUGGCAGAAAUGAGGUUCUUGCCGUAAACUGCCUUUACCGGUUCAAGUGUUUACUUGAUGAGACAGUCGUCGUGAACAAUCCUAGGGAUGCUGUCUUGAAACUAAUAAGGGAGAUGAGACCAGAUAUAUUUGUGCUGUCUGUUGUUAAUGGAACUUUCAACUCUCCUUUCUUCGUUCCACGGUUUCGACAAGCACUCUUUCACUUCUCUGCACUGUAUGAUAUGUUCGACUGCAAUGUAUCCCGUGACAACAAUCACAGAUUGCUCAUCGAGAGGCAGUUUUAUGGGCGGCAAGUCACCAAUGUCAUCGCAUGUGAAGGCUGGGAGAGAGUGGAGAGGCCUGAAACCUACAAGCAGUGGCACGCACGGAUCUCCAAGGCCGGGUUUAAGCAGUGUCCCAUGGACAAAGCAAUGAUGAAGAUAUACAUAGAUAAACUGGAGGCUUACCACAAGGAUAUGGUGAUUCUCAAAGACAGUAAUUGGAUGCUGCAGGGGUGGAAAGGAAGGAUACUUUACGCAUCAUCUAGUUGGAAGCCUACUUAAAGUGCCCAUCGUGAAGCCACAAGGAAUUCCAAGAGUCUCUUUAGCAUGUCUUGCAGAUCUGCCUGGCUUGGUUACUCGUCAGUUGGACCGCCAGUG